GAACUGAUUCGAAUGAAACGCAGCCCUAAAAUCUUCGGAGCGCGAAAAAGAAAAUGGCGCCAUUGAAGUCUCUGGAGCAGGUCUGCCCACUCAUUGACUCUAAUUUCCAGACCUUUUGUGCUUCACACGGCAUUUUCACUGUGGAGGAUUUCCUCAUCCAUGAUCUAUACGCUUUAGCUGCUUUUGCAGAGCAACAGCCUGCAUCAGAGAAAUUGAAGCAGGGGAUUACCCAAAUCCUUUCAAUAAUUGAUGCUGCUGAGCGACAGCCAUGGAUGAACGGUUUGGAGCUUUUGGAGGAUGCUCGAGAAAACAAGCAUAUUCUGUCAACUGGCUUUGAAGGGAUUGAUGUUUUGCUUGGAGGUGGGCUACGCGAGGGACAGUUGACUGAAAUUGUUGGGCCAUCGUCUUCUGGUAAAACUCAGGUUUGUCUGCGAGCUGCUUCAAAUGUGUCAACGAACUACAAGGCUAAGGUUUUCUACUUGGACUCGGGGAAUUCCUUUUCACCCCAACGCAUCUCAGGCUUUGUUAAUUGGAAGCCCGGAACUGCUUUGGAUCGGACUGAACAGAGCAUGCUUCAACAAGUAUUGAGCAGUAUUUCAUGUCACUCUGUGUUCAACAUUUUCACAAUGUUUGAUGCCUUGCAUCAGCUGGAAUUCAAUUUGAGAUCCCAGAUGUGCAAAGGGCAUCAGAGAGUGCAGUUACUGAUUGUAGAUUCAAUUUCUUCGCUUGUUACACCCAUCCUUGGUGGAAGUGGUUCACAGGGUAUGCAAGGACAUGCUUUGAUGAUAUCUGCUGGAACACUACUGAAGAAAAUAGCUCAUGAACAUAAUAUAGCAGUACUGGUAACAAAUCACACUGUGGGUGGAGAUAGAGGUACUUCAAAACCUGCCCUAGGCGAGAGUUGGAAGAGUGUUCCACACGUGAGGCUUCAGCUUUCCCGAGAUGCAGGAAGCAAUGUCUGCCAAGCUUCAAUAUUAAAACACUCGUCCAUGGCAUCUGGUACGAAUGCAAAAUUUGUAAUUUAUGAAUGAGAAGAAGGAACUCCUCGUAGGUUGAACUAUAAAAUGGCAACCUCAAUUUUUGAUUCUUUAGUGGAGUGUGAAGGUCAGUACAUGGACUGCAACGUUACUAGCUUUUGCUGGUUGCUUUAUCUGUAAACUAUCUUGAUGAGUAGGAGACUUCUGUAGACAAUGAUGAUGAAUCUAAAUAUUAAUUUGCAAUUUGGUUCUUGCUUA